AUGAGUACAAGAAGUGAGCCAGGAGUAGUAAGAUUUCCAGGUCCUAGAGGUCCACCAGGUAAUCCAGGACCACCCGGCUUACCUGGCCCACCUGGCAAAACAGGCUACCAAGGAGAGCAAGGUUCACCAGGUCCCCAAGGAUUAAAAGGGGACCAAGGUCAUCCAGGAAAUGCAGGUCCACCUGGACAAAAGGGAUCCACUGGCUCUCCAGGUACAAAAGGAGAUCAAGGGAUAAAAGGUUCAUCGGGAUCCCAGGGAUUAAAGGGAGACCAGGGUCUUCCAGGAAAUGCAGGCCCAGCUGGACAAAAGGGAUCCACUGGCUCACCAGGUACAAAGGGAGACCAAGGGAUAAAAGGUUCAUCGGGAUCCCAGGGAUUAAAGGGAGACCAGGGUCUUCCAGGAAAUGCAGGCCCAGCUGGACAAAAGGGAUCCACUGGCUCACCAGGUACAAAGGGAGACCAAGGGAUAAAAGGUUCAUCGGGAUCCCAGGGAUUAAAGGGAGACCAGGGUCUUCCAGGAAAUGCAGGCCCACCUGGACAAAAGGGAUCCACUGGCUCACCAGGUACAAAGGGAGACCAAGGGAUAAAAGGUGCACCUUGUGACAUGAGUCGUGUACUUGCGUUAGAAAAGCAACUUGCAACAUUACAGCAAGUUUUGCAGUUACUACGUAAUAGCUGGAAAGCUGAAGAUAAAACAUUUGUCACUGCAGGAAAGGCCGCCAGCUUUUUAAAUGCCAAGUCAGAAUGUUCUCUUGCUGGCUAUCGACUUGCUGCUCCAAAGACAGAAGCUGAAAAUGAGGUCAUGACAAGAAUUGUGAAGAAGUAUAACACAGACGCAUGGCUUGCAAUUUCAGAUGAAAAAAUAGAAGGUAAAUUUGUAUAUCUAGAUGACAAACCAAUAAGUUAUUCAAAGUGGAACACAGGUGAACCAAACGAUGACCGUCGUGCUGAAGAUUGUGUGCGAAUUCUAGUUACAGGAAAGUGGAAUGACUAUGUAUGCACACGUGAAGGUCUUGUUAUCUGUGAGAUUUAAAGCUAUACCUAUCACUGGAACAAUAUCAUUUUUAUUUGAUUCUUCAUUAAAAAUGGAAGUCAGAUCUUAACUUUUUAAUGCUGUCCUGCUGUUCAGUGUAAAAUAAUCUCUGCAGUGUAAUGUGUUUUACAAGAGUCUAAUGAUACUCACUAGCAUGUCUGCCUAUUUCAAGGGUUACUGCCAUAACUUUAUAUGAUUUAAGAAACUUACUUUCCAUUUUUCCCCCUUGUGCAGUCUUUUAGCGUGUACAUCUAGCUUCUUUCUGAUGUAAAUUAUUGCAUGUUAUAUAUAAUUCUGAACUAUUUGUUAAAACUAUGAACAGCAAUGGAAGAUUUGAAAUGAAUGGGGAUUUAAGAAGCACUGAAAAUUUAAACCUCUGACUAAAGCAAAAGUGAUAAUAGCCACACUUCUCAAACUGGUUGCAUUCAAAGUCCUGCAAUUCACAUAUGCUCAAGGACAAUUCACAAAGACCACCACUACGCCUACAUGCAAAGUGGCUAGACAUGGAUGAAUGGUGGUAUUUAUUGUAAAUCUCAGCCCAACUCUGAAGCACCAACAAGCGAUUCACCUAUUUUCACUGGUGUAAAAUGGAUUCAAACAAGUGUAGCUCUGUGCAAUAGAAGCCAUAGGUAUAAAAAUUCACAAUUUAUUGAGGCUACUUUCAUUAUGUGGCAGCAAGCAUGAGCCUACACUCACCCAAGAGCUUUUAGGAGAACCUGUGGUGAGCACAGCUGUUCACCAUUAAACUCAAAAUACCAUUUAUUAAAUCUAAUGGUGUCCUAUGGGGCACCCUGAAUGGUCUUUUAUAAGGUUGGAAAGGGGGAAGAUAGGAAAGCUAGAAAUGGGGGAGGCAGAAAACAAGAAUGAAAACAUGAAAAGGGUUGAGCUGAUGGAGGUGAGAGAGGAGGGGCACAGUGUUUUUGCAUGGGAAAGACCCCAUAUUU